GCUUCUUUGCUCUCAGCUGAGAAACCAGAAUGCAGAGGAAGUUGUCAUUUGUGCACCUGCUCCUCCCCGUUUUGUGCAAAUGUUGAUGCAUGCACGGAAGUUUCAUUGCAAAAGGCCACAGGUGGUGAACCAAAGGAAUGGGGACAAAUGUGGACGACUUCACGAGGCUUCUGUAUGACUGCGAGCUGUUUGUGACAGAGAUUCUUCAUGGUGAGAACCUGAGUGAAUCUGCAGAAGAGACACGAGAGGUUCUGCUGAAUAACUUCAGGGUCGUCCAUUCAAGAAACCCCGAGGAGUUUCCUAUAAGAUCGGAUUUAAGGGAAGAUGAAGGCUCUGAUGACAACCGCAGUUCCAGCCUGGGUCGCUCGGCCCCUUCAGACGACGCCUCAGUAGUGUCUGACUACCAGGAAGAUGGAGUGGCUGACUACGAUGAGGAUAUCCUUCCAGUGGCAGCCUAUGAGCUCACCAACAUCCUGAAGCAAGGUUACUUGGAAAAGAAACGAAAAGACCACAGCUUCUUUGGACCAGAGUGGCAGAAGAGAUGGUGCAUCCUGAACAAUUCGAUAUUCUACUACUUUGGGAGUGAAAAAGAUAAACAGCAGAAGGGUUCAUUUUAUAUCAAUGACUACACUGUACAGAUGGUGACCAACCUGAGAAAAGACUCCAAAAGAAAAGCCUGUUUUGAGCUCAGUGCUCCCGGAAAACGGCCCUUCCAGUUCACUGCCAGCAGCCCUCAAGAGGCCAGAGAAUGGGUGGACCAAAUCAAUUUUGUACUUAGAGAUCUCAGCUCCAACUUCAUCCCCGUCGAUGACGAGGAGGAGGACGAGGAUACCUACGAUGACAUCGAGGGGGUGGCCAACGAAACCCCAACUCGGCCGACCCUGGCCUCCCGGGGAGGAGGAGUAGGCAGAGGACAGGAGAUAGAGGAGGAGGAUGACGAGGAAGAAGAUAUCUACGAGGAGCUGCCAGACGAAGAACUUGGAAAUCCAGGUGAUGAGAGCGACGAGAAGAGCAGCAAACAAGUUUGGUCCUCAGAUUAUUCCAACUACUACCAGGGUUUGUGGGAUUGCCAGGGCGACGAGUCAGACGAACUGACCUUCGAGAGAGGAGAUCUCAUCUACAUCAUCAGCAAGGAGUACAACAUUCACGGGUGGUGGGUCGGCGAGCUAAACGGCACCGUGGGCAUCGUCCCCAAGGACUUCCUGCAGCCUGCCUACAUCCUCUGAGCUCCAACAGCGCUGCGGCUGCCAGCACGUCCUGCCAUGAAUUACUCUUGACACAUCUGUCAGAUAAGCGUUUGGCAUUUCAAAAUUAUUCCCCUUUUAUACCAAUGUAAAUUAUUAUAUUAUCACCUAAACCUGCUGCAGCUGUACUUACUCUUGUACACUAUAAGCCAUUUAUAAAAGCCUGUUUAAAGAAAAAAAAAAUCUAAGUGCACACUAGAGCUGGAGUAAUUAGUCUGUUUAUCAGUUUUGAUAAGUGAUCAAUCGUCCUAAAUGUGAGAUUUCUCAUUUUCUUUAUAAGUCUCAACCACUGUGUAGAAAAUUCAGAGAAGUGCCAAACUAAACAGUGAAUGUGUUAAUUCAAAUAAAAUGACAGACACAUCAAUAAUUAAAAGCACCAUUAGCUGCACUUUUGAGUGAUUAAGAAUGUUGCAUGCAUGCAUUUAUGAAUCCACUGGAUAAAUCUGAAAACAGGACGUUGAUUGUUAGUUUAUAAAUAAUUUUCUCAUAACUGACAUAAGAAACAGUAAUGUAAAGUAUUUUAAUGUAAACUCUGCUCAGAAAUACUAAAAAUAAAAUAUUGUGUGCUUUUGUUUCUGUUCUAAAGAAAAAGGGGGAUUUUUAAAACUGUUUAUUUGGAGCCACUAGGUGGCAGGCUUGCUUCAAUGUCUUGAGUCAUGUGUAAAAAGCUGUUUAAUAACAUGUCAUGACAGUAAAGAGGACAAGGUUUUAUUGAAAUAAAAUAAAAUAAUCAUGUGCACAUGUACAUGGAUACCAUCACUCACAUUACCCUCGUACUCUUUGACAUCCGUAUUUAAACAAAACUCAAAAUAAACCCCUGUAGUUAUUACCAGGAACAAAACCAGUGAAACGUUAAAAUCCCUCCACAGCUUAGAUGCAAACAGCUUAUUAAAAUAAAGUCUGAUUUCUGUGCGAAACCUCACAAAUAGAACCUGCCGGUCCCUUUUAAAUGCAGCUUAAAAGAAGCAGAAGUGUUGUGGGAACAACGUCGCUGCCAAGAUGCAGACAGGUUACAGGCAAGACGACCAGAAUUUCCACAGCAGGCAUUCAGGAUGUGUUUGAACUCGCUCAUUACGAUGCCAGAGGACGACGGCACGAUCACACUGGACGUUUCAGUGAUCAAACAGGCUUAAAAAUUUUGAUAUAACUGAUAAAUUACAGGAUUUCUUUUAGUGAUAACUCAGUUAUUGUACCUUUGUAUUUUUAUUUAGCUUUUACUAGAAUUUAUUUUUAGCUUCCAGAUUAGGUUUGCUUUGUUUUUCCUUUCUU